CCUGACGCCAGACCCCAAACUGGCAGCCCAGCUCGCUCCGCAGCCGUCCCCCCUUGGAUGUAACCAUGUAGAAACGAAGGGGUGGAAUUGGAAAAGUGACGAGGACAGCUGCCGCUUAAUACCGGUGUCCACUCGGACUCGCAUGCAGCGGGAAGCCGGAAUGGAGCGAAUGGGGAUGGAGCCAGUGGUGCCAUGGGUGCCUCCGCUAGGAACUCUGGUCGAUGCCCGACGCGGGGUAAAGGACCAGCAGCCCAGUGUUGAGCAACCUCAACAAGGAGAACCACCAGCUGAGAUUCAGGCUAUCACACCUGGAAAGGAGGAAGUAAACGGAGAGGAUCCAGUGAAUCAUAAUGAAGAGAAGGGGAAGGAUGCCUCUCGAGUUUCUGACCUGGAAACUGAUCUCCAGGAUUUGGCUGAGGCAAAGACUGGGGGUGAAGGUGGAGAUGGUCCUGAUGUCAAGGAGGAGAUUGCAUCAAAUAGAGAGCCUGUUGAAAUGCCAGAAGCAGGGAGAAAUAUGAAUGGGCAAGGGGCAUCAACACUGGGACCUGUAGAUCCAGAUUGCUCCCGGCUGGAUGAACGUGUGGUUGACCCUCAGCCCAGUGUUGAGCAACCUCAAGAAGAGGGACCACCAGCUGAGAUUCAGGAUAUCACACCUGAAAAGGAGGAAGUAAGUGGAGAGGAUCCAGUGAAUCCUGAUGAAGAGAAGGAGAAGGAUGCCUCUGAAGAUGCUGUCCUGGAAACUGAUCUCCGGGAAUUGGCUGUGGCAAAGACUGGGGGUCAGGGUGGAGAUGGUCCUGAUGUCAAGGGGGAGAUUGCAUCAAAUAGAGAGCCUGUUGAAAUGCCAGAAGCAGGGAGAAAUAUGAAUGGGCAAGGGGCAUCAACACUGGGACCUGUAGAUCCAGAUUGCUCCCGGCUGGAUGAACGUGUGGUUGACCCUCAGCCCAGUGUUGAGCAACCUCAAGAAGAGGGACCACCAGCUGAGAUUCAGGAUAUCACACCUGAAAAGGAGGAAGUAAGUGGAGAGGAUCCAGUGAAUCCUGAUGAAGAGAAGGAGAAGGAUGCCUCUGAAGAUGCUGUCCUGGAAACUGAUCUCCGGGAAUUGGCUGUGGCAAAGACUGGGGGUCAGGGUGGAGAUGGUCCUGAUGUCAAGGGGGAGAUUGCAUCAAAUAGAGAGCCUGUUGAAAUGCCAGAAGCAGGUGAAGGGCAACCAUUUCCUUGAAAGAAGAUAAACUGAAAUGAUCCAUGCUGUUCUUACGUUGUAUAUUUGACUGUUAAAGUUCUGUCAAUAAAGUUUCGUUUUCUCCUGGCA